GUCCUAUGCUCUAGCUACCGUCGCUGCUCUUUAUAUACCGUGUCCGCCCUCAGCGCACUGAAAGGCUUCCAAGGUUCCUUCUCAAUUUUCGCACUCGGACACACUGCCACCAUGCUUUACUCUAUUGUCUCGGCAGCCCUCUGCCUCCCCAUGCUCGUCCUGGCGGCUCCCAUCAGCUAUCCCAACAUUUCUUCGCUGGAUCACCCUAUCCACCCACUCACGCGCAACCACACGGGCGCCACGGCCGUUCCAAAGGUUGCCAUCCCCUUGUCAGACAAACUCCUCCCGCCGCAAAUCGUUGGCGAACAUCUCGAGCACCCCACGCCUACCGCAAUGACUCAGCCUGUUUUGCCACGCAGACACGGGCCUCUGGAGAAGUCGAUCGUCAACAACGGCUCCAAUGCUCCCUCUCCUGAGAUAUAUACCAAAAUUGUGCAGCCCCCUCGCAACUACGUCCCAGACCAGACGCCGCCCCCCAUCGUCGCCGCGUCCUGCGACCACGAAGGCGCCAUCAACACCGGCUGUCCUGGCCACGAGGACGCCGCCGCUGCGGUCGUGGCGCGCGAGGUCGAAUUCAAUCCCGCCCCUGUCAUCAACUCUUCGUGGGUCUCCACGCACUGCCACGGGUCAGCGUCCUCCACGAUUCCAAUCUGUGCCGGCUACAAGGGCAGCGGCACUGGCAGCAUAGUUGCGCGCCUUGACGCGCUCAAUGGCACCGUCCCACGCAACCUCAACCCCAGCACUCCAGCGCCCAUCGUGCCGCAUAAGCUCAACACCAUCGACCCGAUUGUCCCGCAUGAGCUCGACGUCACCACGGAGGAGCAGCAGCUCCCUCGCACCACCCUCGCCGCCCGCAGCACCGCGACCGCGGCGCCAGAGACCAAGCACGCGGAGCAGCCGAUCAAGGAAAAGGAGGGCUGGUCGGAGGAGGCCGUCCGCGCCUACAUGUGGAAAGCGUGCAACCGGCCCGGCGUCGUCAACAGCCACUACCCCGACCACCCGCACCCGCUGCCCAAGGAACUAGUUUCGCCAGAAGACGAAUAUCGCGGCAUCGCGCGCAGGCAACUUGUCCCAAGCACCAUCGAGAAGAAGAAGGAAGAGAAGAAGGAGGCAGAGGACGUGCCAACGCCCACGGUGAACAGCGUGUCAAUCGCCCGCCGGAUAGCCGUGUUGCCCGACGCAGCUGGACCCUUCGAGACUGAUCGCCCGCCCAGACUCAUGUGCAUCCCCUGUGCGGGGUGCGGCGGCAACAUUUGCUGGCUGUUACAAGAUACGGUCAACCGGAGAAGUCCGCCAAAUGAUAAGCUUCCUUCCGCAGCGCCAAAGGGCGUAGACAGUACGCAGGAGGGGCAUAGUAAGCUCAUCGCCCACGCCGACCUCAAAAUAGCCGCGUCGACCUCCACAGCCCCCGAAAUUCAUUGGUGGCCCGAAGACAGCUGUCAGGGUAAGCUCUGUUCGCCCGGCGAGACCAACUGUUGCUCUCCGGAAAAUGAUGUGCCCCUUUACGCAGCACCAAAGGGAGAAGACGGUAAGAAGGAGGGGGACGGCAAGCUCGUCGCCCGCGCCGAUCCCACGCCCCAGGCGUUCAGAGCUACGCCGAAGGAGGCGGCGUUGAAGGCGGUGUCCGGGUUCAGUCAUUUUGGAGAUUUGGCUGGGGCUGGUGGCCACUAAGACGCGGGCGGCCUCUUGUCGCCUGGUCUGCAUGAGGAAAAAGUCUCCAUGAAGGCUUUUUUGGUGAGUGGAUUGAGUUUCGCUGUUUGGAGUCUGUUUUAGCACGUUAAGAAGAGGUCGUAGCAUAUCUAACGCUCUCGUUUACCUUCGAGGUGGAAGUGUGCGAACGGACACAUACAGGAAACAAGAGAAAUAAUCAUCGGAGAGGGAAUAUAAUUGGGUAAUAUAUGUGGCCUUUAUUCUACUAUAUGUGGAGUACAGGCGCACAAAAUUGGAAAAUUCUUUCACUUUUUGUUCGUAGUUGUUGGAGCGGGGUGCGCACUCUAGUCGGUGGUACUGUGCUCGAGGCGCUCGUCGUCGGCGUCUGCGGCAGCGACGAGAUUGUGGCCCUCGC